AUGGAAGAUGGGAACUUGGUGCGUGUGUGCAGAAGAAAUAGAAAGUUCCUGAGAACUUCGAAAGAGAAAGAUGUUGAGCAGAGUAUCCCUGAAGAAGUACCGGAACCCCAACCAGUUUCAAAUGGUCCAGUAGAGACCAAUUCCGAGAGUACAACCCACACAAGAAUGUUGCAGAAAACUCCAGAUAAGUCAAUUACGUCACCAAGGAACAGUUUGGUAAGUGAACCGACUGAAACAAUGACUGACAAUCAAUCUUGUGAAGGAACACAAUCAACACCUAAUGUUGAACGACACACAAGAAGUCGAAAGAUUAGACAACCUAAACGUUAUACUGAUUUUGUCAUGAAGUAG